CGCGCUCUCCUACGAAACGCCACUAUAAAGACCUGAAGAGACACACAGGUGUACGAUAAUACACGAUUCACGCAUCGCAGGCCUACACAAAAGGGACAUUUAACGUGUACUGUUAAGUCAGCGUGAGAUAGAGGAGGAUUUUGCACCGCCACAGUCAUCGGGAGCGCUUCUUUUUUUUACACUACAGCCAUGUGAUGGCAUAUGAGUGGAGUGUAAUGUAACAAUCCCCACCGACGCCUGUGCCGCGCGCGUUUGACACUCAGUGAGAUGACACGGACGGCGGAGCGUGUCGCUGAUAACAAAUGAACUGAAGAACGAUGUCGGACCAGGGUUAUGGCUUGACUCUAUCAGCUGCCCCGCCGCUUCGCAGGGGCAGCACCCCCCUGCCAAUCAAGCAUCAGUUAAAGCGGGAAGAGGCGGUGUCCGAGGACUACGAUUUGACGCUGGGGCUCGGCGAGCCUGCCACUCCACAGAUCAGCAUUAGCAAUGCCCUAGAUUCUCCCCCACCAAAACCACCACAGCAGAAGUACCACGGGCCCCUUCGGAUAGUACUGCUGGGCCAGAAUGGAGUGGGCAAAUCAUCUCUAGCACUUUGUCUUGCUGGACUGUCAGACAGAUCACUCUCUGUAGACUCAGAAACCCAAGCAACCGAUGAGGGUUACCAGAGACGGGUGACUGUGGAUGAUGAGGACAGCACAAUUUUAGUGUAUGACAAUUGGAAGCAGGACCUGUCCACCCUGCAAUGCGAGAUGUGCAUCCUGGUGUUCUCGUUGACAGACAGGCGUACAUUCCACAGGAUCGCCCAGCUACGUCUUCUGUUGAGGGAGACGCUUCCCCACACCCCCAUCAUCCUGGUGGGCAACAAGAGCGACCUUGUGCGGUCCCGUGAGAUCAGCACAGAAGAGGCACAUUCUAGUGCAAUGAUGUUUGGCUGCCUGUAUCUGGAACUCUCUGUCUCUCUGGACCACCACACUAAUGACCUGCUGGAGGCAGCUGUGAGAGCGGCCCGGGGCCACAGUAUGGGGCCCGGCUGGACGGAGGGGUCACCCACCGCGGCUCGUAGGGAGAGUCUGACCACCAGAGCCAAGCGCUUCCUGUCUGGGCUGGUGCCACGCUCCCACCUCGGCCGAGAAAGAGAUGCGCCCAGAGACAGAGACCUCAGCCGACACAGAGGAAGUAGAAUGCUCAGGCAGAAAUCACGUUCCUGUCAUGACCUCAGCGCUCUGAUGUAACCGAAAACAUCUGCAAGAGUAACAGCGGUUGAGUGAGAGGAAAUAAGAGUUUGAGAAGGAGUGAUAAAGGAGGGGAGCGAUAUGGGAAAAGGGAAACUGAGGGAAGAUUAAACAGAGCUGCAUGUUUGAUUGACAGGUGAGGAGAUAAGAGACAGUGUUGACGCACCACUUCACCGAGGAGACGAUCCUUUAGUGAUAUAACCUAAACUAGUAUGUGUGAAAUUAGUUGUUUAUACCAGUCUCUCAGUCAUCGGACGUGACAGUGGUGCAGAGAUUCCUAGCAGUGUAAAAACAAUUCUUUACGACACGAACUUUAAGUUAAGGUUUAAACAGACGGAGACACAAAUAUAAAAAUGGUUCUCAGUAGAAUGAGAAUCCUGAGACACGCUGGCUGUGGCAGGCAGUUAGAGAUGCUAGAGUAGCUCCUGUAGUUCCCUGUCGGGAAGCAUGCUGACACAGCAAACCUAAAGAACUGUAGGUCUAGUAAAAGUUCUGUAGUAAAAACACAGGCACAGAAUAAGAUACUGUAGUUAUUGCAUGUUUUCUUUUUUUAGCUCUUCUCACCUCAUUCUUCAUAAUUGUUAAUGGUAUAACCUAAUACUGUUUCCAAAACAGAUGUGAUGUUCUCAACAUUCAUGGUUCCCUGCUAAAAAUGGAAAUUGAAUCAUCAAAAUGAUCAGGGCAAGAGAUGUGGAAAGCUACGGUACAUUGUGUGUUGCCUAAUCUUAUUCGUUUUAAAGAGGCAUUACAAUAAUUGGCUGCUUUAGGUUCAGGUUGCAAUCCAUAACUUUGUUUUUUGGUUAAAAAUAAAUAAAAAUCAGACUGAACAUGUACAUCAAAACUCUGUGCAAAAAAGAACAUUCUUACUAAGCAUUUUUGUCUUGUUUUAUAGUGCAAAUAUCUAAACAUUCUUAAAUCAAGAUACUUUUUUGUCAAGACAAGUGACCUAAUACAUUUAGUUUUAUUUUAUGAAAGAAAAUCUAAGAAUUAAGCAAGUUUAUGUUUAAAACAAGCAAAAAAGUACAUUUUAAAUAGGUACCUGAGAAAAAAGUCAAACAAAAUUUUUAAGUUUAUUUUUCUCACCCCAUAGGCAGAUUUUUCUGCUAGUUUAAAAAAUGCUUUUUUCGGUCAAUAGCGAUUAUGAGCCGAUACAACUUUUCCUAAAUAUAUGUAAAACUAGCUGUAUUGCUUAAAAUAUAUGAAUAUGAACUUGUUUUCAUUGCAGUAUUUGAGUAAUAAUAACUUUUCUGUUACUUUGACCUGUUUUCCAGUGCUCAUUUUUGCAAAUAAAUGCAAAUCGAAGCAGUAUUUUUAUUUGAAAUUUUGAAGAAAUGUUGUUAAUUGUUCACAGAAUAAAACAAAAGCGAACAUUUUACCUAAACACAGACCUAUAAAUAGUACAUUUUAAAAUCAGAAAAAUUGUCUCUGAAAUGGGCUCUUAAUUUUUUCCGCGGCUGUAUAUUGGUGCAUCUCUAAUGUAUAAAUUAAGCUGUUGGGUAUGAAUUGGUCAUUUGAUUUGAACUCAAGUAAAAUAUGUAAAUGAUCCUGCAAUUUUAUGCUUUAAACAGAGAUGACGAUAUACAGUAUAGGCAAAAGUUAUGGAUUGCAGGACCCUGUUUGAACUGUGCACCAGUCAUAGUGAUAGAUAUUGCAGGUUUAAGUUAUGACAGAUUUUAGACAAAAUUGGUCUUUGUACACGGUUUAACCAUGCAGAUCAGAUUUAUUUAACUAAUCUUGUCCAAAAGAUCACAACAUGAGUUGAGCCCCAAGCAGGGAUGUCUUGAGGCAAGAAUAUGUCACCCCAAAAUUAACAAAGCUUUGUAAAAUAUUUUGGCCGAAAACAUCAUAUGAUUGUAUUCAGUGUUUUCUUUCUUCCGAAUGCGUUUUAGUAUAAACAUCCUUCAGAUUCAACAAACAAACUCCUGGUUCAUGGUUGCGAUUAAUUGACUCAUACAUUUUGAGAACAAGAGUGGAAUAUUCAAAGAGAAAGCAAUAUGUGUGAUUGGGUACUAUUCAAUUCCUCAUGUUUUAGUCGGUCGGGCGUAAAGCCUGUACACUCAAAGCACAUAUAAUGAGUCUUUGCACACUCAUGCAAAGUAAUGGAUACUAAUUGAUUGAUUAAGAGCUAAUGGGCUAUUUCUUUCUGCAGCUACAACCCUUACAAUGAUGAAUUGCAAUACAACGGUAAAUUGUUGUAGUUCUUAGUCUCACUUAUUUAACUUCACAUAACUGAAUUCCAGCAAUGCAGUGGUUAUUUAAUGAGCAUAAAAAAUUGAAAUAAAGCAAUGUUAACCAGUCAGUGUGGGCAAGGACAGCAAAUCUAAAGAGCGAGAGGUCUAGACUAGAGAGAGAAUUUUUAUAGAGUCCCGUGAGCCAGAUGGAAUGAUCUCCAGAGAUUAACUUGAUCGUGUCAAAUUACUCUUGAACGAAUUCAACACCUAAUUCUAAUGAAAGCAAGCCAUGUUCGAACAACUUGAAUGAGCUUAUUGAUUCUUACUUUCCUUAUACGGGUUGAUUGUAAUAUAGGAUUUGAUUUGUCUGCAUUCAGUAGCUAAAUAAAAGUCUGAGAGAUCUGAGAAGGCACCUUGCCUAAUGCCAACCAGCCCUAUAGGUUUUUGUCAGACUUCUUAAACCCACUUUCAUUAAAGAAUGUUAAGACUAGCAAUACUGAUUUUGGGGAGAUUUAAUGAUCACAGUUUAAGGUUGAUUAGUUUUGUGUUUCAAGACCCCAAAAGAUUACCACAAAUUACUAUUUUGAAAUCUAUUCAGUCUGUAUGGGUAGAGUUGAAAGAGGUUAAAGAGAUCAUAUGAGCAUACGUGAAAACAAACCCAUACUGCUCUUUCUGUAAUUUCACCUGCACACAAUUUCAACCCGUCAUUACACAAUCUCAUGGAAUCCAGCAUAUCUGCCAUACAGUAAGACCGAGCAUUUCUGUGGGGGCUGGCCACACAGGCUUGUGCAACAACGAACAUGCAACGUUCUGGAAACGUUCUGAGGUCACACAUGGCAACACCUCUCACUUGAUAUUAUUGCUGAAUGUUAUCCACUCUGUCUUUGAAAAUGAGAGAAUAAAACCAAUUUGUUACAAUAACUCUGGCUUGUCUGUGUCCCUAUGACGACAAAGGCAAAUAAACCAGCAGCCUCACUGAAUGUUGGCAUACAGUGCAGUGAGGCUCCUUGAGGUGAAAACUAUAUUUGUAUUUGAAAGGAUCUGAUGGCUUCACUCUAAAGGCAGAUGGUUGGAAACGGGACAUGAGGUAGGAAAGAAAAGGGAUGACAAAUGUUAGUUGCUUAGCGACCGUUGUCAAGGAGACAGAGUGUGACUCUCCUCUGACCGGACUUAGAAUUUUUUUACUAUGUUUGUUUGUUUGAUUGGGAGUCUGAAAACACUCAAAUAAACAAAUGGAAAUUGUAUUGGUUAAGAGAAAUUUAAUGAAUAGGAAAAACAGAGGAGAAAUCAAAUCGCAUUGAGUGCCUACAUGAUGAACUCCCAAGAAUGGCUUUUUUGAAAGGCAGACUCUAUCAUUAAAAUACAUUAUUAUUACAUAUACAAUUUAUAGCACAAAAGCUUUAAAAAAUUAGCGUUGUCUACCUGUGCUGCUUUCAACUGCAUAUCAAGUGUUUUUCAUAUCUCAUAAAGAAGCCUAAUAUCCAGUUUGGGACGUUGCAUCCUCACUGGUCAUAUGGAAGUCUAUAAAAUUCCUCCACAUUGUGCAUGGCUUUAUCGGACCCUCCGGGCAGGUUAAUGCAAAGUCAUCACAGCAUCAGAUGAAGAGUUCGAAUUUUUAAUAUCAGAUCUGAUCUAUGCCUUUAUCUCAAGUUGUGCCAUUUGCAUUGAAAUGAUAUUCCACUUCCAUAUUUAACACAUUCAUUUAGAAACCUUUGGAUUGAUACAGUCUAUAAUUUCAGAUAUAAAGGUGUUAUAUAAAAAAUAGGGUUAAAGCACCUUCUGUAGCAUAGUGACCUGUGUACUUAAUAAAAAGCAAACACUGCCAUCUAGUGGACUGGGAACAGUAUAAUGUGUCAUGGGAUUCAACAGCAAUUAGGAAAAAUUCUAAAAUGUGUACUAAAGCAAAGCUAUGUGGAUUAAUCAACAGACUACAUCGAUUUAGAUCCAUUUCACAUAAGCAGGGCUGUCACUGUAAAGUAUGUUGGCAGUCGAGUAUGCACACUCCAUCUCUCCUGAAUGUCGCUAUUAAAGCUUCUCAUCAGUGUGCUCCAUCUUCUGGUGCUUACGUACCCACGACAGGGAGGAAAAACUCUUGUAACACUCACCGCAGUGGUACAUUUUCUUGCCGAAGUGUUGCUCCAUGUGAUUCUUCAAGCUACUUGCCGAGCUCAGGCAUUUUCCACACUCUGAGCAUUUGUGGAUUACGUUGAUCCCUGCAU